AUGCCACAACUUGUACCUUUUUAUUUUCUUAAUUUAUUAACUUUUGGUAUUUUAACUAUUUCUAUAUUAGUAUACUUUAUAUCAGUAUAUUUAUUACCUAAUAUAUUAAGAUUAUUAAUUGCUAGAAUUUUAAUAAUUAAAUUAUAA